CUGCAUGGGUAAUAUAGUUUGGAGCGGAGUUGAGAGAGGUCUGGAUGAAUUGUGGGGUGUCCCUGUGGAGGCGUGUCCUUCCAUCUAUCACACAUCGGAAGCGACUGCCAGAGAAAAUCUCUCCAGCAUUUUCUCACCAAAUAAGGAUUGCACUGUGCUACACUGGAGAAUACAAAGAGGAUAAAGACACUACUGAUAGGUACAGACUGUUGCCCAAGAAAUAACUGCACAGCUGUGGGAGGACUUCCAAUUCCUUAAUAACAUUAUUCAACACAAGACAGGUUGGGCCGUGAAGCCAUCAUCUGGAAAUCAGUCAGUGGUGUGGAGUCUUUCAUCAGAACCAACCUUGUUGAAGGUUUGGUUGUGGUGAUCGGUCAGGGUGAGGUUGGGAAAAGGUGUGAUUGGCUCCAAGUGUGGUUAGAGUUUCAUUCGUUCGUCAAGCCUCAUAUACAGGUUGUUUGCUGUUCCUGUGUGAGGAGGACUCCAUAGGCUCAUGACAACUGCGAACAUACAGGACUCAUCGUUGAAGAGCCACAUGGAAGUGAAACCUUUUACAGUUAAGGUGUGGGACCAAGAUUUCACACAGUCAUCAACAGUCCUGAUCCAAAAAGACAACCACAUUGGAGAAAAACCUAUCUCAUGUGAGGUGUGUGAUAAAUCAUUCUCGCAGUUAUCAAGCCUCCGAACUCACCAGCGUAUUCAUACAGGGGAGAAACCAUUCACAUGUGAAGUGUGCGGGAAAUCAUUUUCACAGUCAUCAAGUCUCCGUGCUCACCAGCGCAUUCACACAGGGGAGAAACCGUUCAUCUGUGAGGUUUGUGACAAAUCAUUUUCAAAGUUAACGAACCUCUGCAGACACCAACGAAUUCACACAGGGGAGAAACCCUUCAAGUGUGAGGUGUGUGACCGAGCCUUCACACAGUCAUCGCACCUCUUACAACAUCAGACGACUCACACAGGGGAGAAACCCUUCAAGUGUGAGAUGUGUGAUCGAGCCUUCACACAUUCCUCGAGCCUCCUGCAGCAUCAGGCACUUCACACGGGGGAGAAACCCUUCAAGUGUGAGGUGUGCAGUCGAGCUUUUACACAUUCAUCAAGCCUCCUGCGUCACCAGACAAUCCACACAGGGGAGAAACCUUUCAAGUGUGAAGUGUGCAACCGAGCAUUCAACCAAUCAUCAACACUCCUGAGACACAAAGGCACCCACUCUGGGGAGAAACUUAUCUGCUGUGAUGUGUGUGACAAAUCAUUCUCAAAAUCAUCAAGCCUACGUGCACACCAGCGCAUUCACACAGGGGAGAAGCCAUUUACAUGCAGAGUGUGUGAGAAAUCAUUUUCAAAGUUAACAGACCUCCGCAGACAUCAACGAAUCCACACAGGGGAGAAACCUUUCAAGUGCGAGGUUUGUAACCGAGCGUUCAUACAAUCAUCUCACCUCCUGCGACAUCAGGCACUUCACACGGGUGAGAAAUCCUUCAAGUGUGAGCUGUGUGACCGAGCCUUCACACAUUCAUCAAACUUGAUGCAACAUCAGAUAAUCCACACAGGGGAGAAACCCUUCAAGUGUGAGAUGUGUGAUCGAGCCUUCACGUAUUCAUCAAGCCUCCUGCGACAUCAGACAGUCCACACGGGGGAGAAACCCUUCAAUUGUGAGGUGUGCGACCGAGCAUUCACACAGUCAUCGAGUCUCCUGAGACAUCAGACAGUCCACACAGGAGAAACAGUUCAAAGUGUAUAAUGAGGGGUGUGGAUUUGUUGAACCCAUAUAAACCCAGUCAUGAGUGACUUGUCAGAUACGUCAGUCUUGGAGUCAUCAAUUCUCUGUCGAUAACAACACAUUCACAGAGAAGUAACUAUUCACCUAUGAGAUGCCUCAUAAAUCCUUCAGGUAGUCAUAAACUCCCUGCAUAUUCACACUGGAGGGGAGAGGGUGGCAUAUGGCUAAUUUCACUGGUCUAGUAAUCCCGAGCCCCAGGCUGAUGCUCUGGGUUCAUAGCCCACCAAUGCAGAUGGUGAAUUUUGAAUUCAAUUAAAAAAAACUGAAUUAAAAACUGACCACUGUUGAUUGUUGUUAAAACACCUACUCGUUCACCUUUAGGGAAGGAAACAUCAUGCUGAUUAUUUCCCCUUCAGGGAAGAAAAUUUGUUGCCCUUUCCACAGCAAUGUGAUUGACUCUUAACUAACCUCCGAAAUGGUCCACACAAACCACAUUGUUGGCAAUUAGGAAUUCGGCAAAAACUGCUGGCCUAGCCAGUGAUGUGUUCAUUCCAUGAAUGAAUUUAAUAAAAAAAAAAGGGUGCAAGCAUCUGGUUCAUCAGUGCACUCACACAGGAGAGAAAUAUUCUGUGUUCUAUAAUAAAGCUUUUACAUUAUUGUUGCAUAACCUGGAACAUCAGUGAACCCCCACAAGAAACAAACCCAUCCACUGUGACGUCUGUCAGGAUUACUUCACCUGCUUCUCUCUCACUAAACACAACAAGGACUCAGCUGCUUCUUUAGCACUGAGACUUAAUUCUCUUUUUUUAACCCUCUACUUUUGCAUAGGAGAGCAGUCAUUCCAAAGCACUUUCUGUCUCAAACCUCCCACACAUUCAAUCUAAUCAUUUCAAGAAGUCCAAUUUAAUUUUUAAUCCUCGUCACCAAACACCAUUAAAAGAAGACAUUCGUAUGUACAGAGCCCUUGUAUAAACUUAGCAUUCUUUCAGUGCAGCAUCAGGUAAAAGUCACUCACUGGCACUCACUCUGACCAAGAAGGCAAUCAGAUACUCAGUGGUUGGAAAAGCUUCAGCUUCUGAUCUAUCAGCACAAGUACCCAGGGGAGGAUCCUUUCCUCGGGUAAUAAUGAAGGUACUUCAAUUAGCCUCAGUGUCUCUGGUUUAUGAAGGAGGAGAAUCAGCUGGGAAACCUGUUCCUCAUCAGUGAGCCCAACUUGGAAAUCACAGGAGGAUGUGAUGCAAACUAUGUGAUUUAUAUGUACUUUUAAUGUCAUCUAUUGUGAAUUUAAAUUCUUGUUUUUUGAGUUAGUAAUGUGGAUUUUCUGUUAAUAAUUAAUUUGGAAGUAUUUCUGUCACCAUGGUAGUUUCUGUUAAAACAUUUUUGUGGUCUAGCUUUGGAAUUAAUGUACUUAUAUGCAGCACUAAGGGACUUUUAUUGAUUUUUAAAUUGUCUUGCACCCAUUAAGGUAAAUAAUAGGAUCUUCAGGUUUGUUAUAAAUUUCUGGAACUUAUUUUCUUCUUGUGCUUAAAGGAAACAUCUAUAGCUUGGAAAGAGAGAUUUUUACUUUGAAUUUUGAGCAGUUCUGUGAUGCCCUUGGAUGAACAUUGUAAUAUAACCCAGUGCUCCUUAGAAGGGAAGGACAUAGUGAUUACCUUAGAGUGAAGAGCUUGUGUUUGUCUGAGACUUGCAGUGUUGGGAUAAACCCUGAACAGGUUGUUUAAAGUGAGUACAUUCAAGCUUAGGUAUAUAUAAAGCUCCAGGAAUGCCCUUGUGGUAGUGUCCACAUGUCUGAGCCAGGUUCAAAUCCCACUUGCUGCAGAGGUGUGUAAUAGCAUGUCUAAACACGCUAAUAUAGAAAAUAUCCAUCAUGGCUGUAGGAAGAAGCUAUCUGCCAUUGUGGUUUACAUACCAAGUCAAAAGUGACUUAAAACCAUUGAGGUGUUAGAAACAAGUAUUGUUGUGAGUCCUGUACAAGUGGAGCUUUUGGCUACUGUACCGGGGUGUGUUUUGAGUGCUAUACAAAAGCUGUUGCUUUUUUUACUUUUAAGUCUAUAAAGGAAUAUUUUGUGAUUUAUGGGCUUAAACUUUUGAUGUAUGUUUAAAAGUCUUUGCAUGUAAAUUGUAAUUGGAUAAUUUAGUUUAUUCUCUUUCUAGUUUAAUUUCUUUUGUUAAUUAACUUCUGUUUUAUUGUUAAAACCAAAUCUGCAGCUCAUGUUUUAGCAAGUGACCACUUUGUUAAAACAAAAGAAAUGAAAAUGUGAUCUCUGAAGACAGGUUUCAGUCUGGGAUCUGACAUGUCCAAAGCAAACAUUAGCUGGGAUCAUAACAAUGGCAGGAUGUGUUUCAGCUACGACAGUUACAAUUGACUCGCUGCAUUCACUGUCUGGCUCUCCACAUGCUGAAUGCUACUUUAGUGCUUAUUUCAACAUCCACAGUCUGUCCUUCAGGUCAGUAAUUUGAGGAUUGGAGGAAAUAUGAGAAGCAAAUUACAAUGGGGAAGACAAAGGAAGCGAUCAAGUAAUUAAUUUCAUCUACAGUUUUCUUUCAGUUGAUAUAUUCCAUUUAACUGCACCUUAGGUGAUUUAUUCCAAUUCCUAUUUGAUGAUUCUAUGUUCUAUAUGUGUCACUUUUUCCCAAUCAUUCUGCUUUUACUGUUCUAUGUGAUUUAAGAACUCUGGAGAAACCAACUGUCCUGUUUAAAAGAAAAGGUUUUUCUCUGGUAUCUUUAAAAUGGCAAUCAAACAUUACUGUCUAAUUUCAAGCAUUACCAAAUUCUACUUGUUUGUUCUUUCUUACAAAAAUACAUACAAUUUUCUCUAAAAUAACUUGCUAGAUUAUGCUGGAAGUUUAUUUUAAUAUAAAAAAGAUCACAAAUUCAAAUAUGGCCACAACAAACUUUGUGCACACCCUUAUCAGUGUUAUUGCGCUGACAAGCUUUGUUGGUGGUCAGUUAAUUUCUUCCCAAUCAAUCUUUCCCAUUUUUUAAAAUACAAAUUAAAAUCACUUCGGCUGUUGCCACUGGCUCUUGUUGUAAAUCAAAAUGUUCAAAUAAAAUGUAUUUGUCCCUUUAAACAUCAAUUAAAUUGCCCAUUGUGAUCUUGAGCUAGCAACUUGUAGCAAUAUAUUUUAUUAGUCCCAAUUUCAGAUUUCAUAAUUUCACUAAUGAAAUACUGGAUUGAUAGUUUUAAAGAGUGUUUUUAUAUUGGAGACACGAGUGGUCUCAGUCAGCUUAGGGUUCUCCUGUUUUUUUACAUUUAGUCUCAGCAAGUCUUUUGGGGGUCUCACUAUAUUCUUGAAAUCUGAUUAAAAAUGCAAAAACAAUAUCUACUAAUGGCACUGGAAGAUGUUGCAUUUUUACAUAUUUUGGUUGAAGAAAAUGUUGAAAUCUUUCAAUAAGUUCAAACUGACAUUUUAAUUUUAAUUGCCUUGAAGAAAAUCCAAUAAAUAGUUUUUAAGAUCACAUUUAAAAAAAUGAUGCAAACAUAUGAACAAAAUAUUUCCCAUUCUGAGUUGAAAUCAGAUGUCUUCCACAGUGCUGAUUGUCUACAUAUUUUGAGUACAGGCUUUUAUUUGAAUGAUUUUUGUUUAAAUACUGAAAAAUAGACUUCACACCAUUUUCAAACUUCUAUGUAAACGUUUCACUUCUUUCUUUGUCUGACUUUGGUGGUGGGUAAGUUGUUGGAAGUGAUUCAGAAAGACAGGAUUUAUAUGCAUUUGGAGAUGCAAGGAAUCUUUCAAAUCUUUCUCCUCCCACCUUAAAAAUAUGCCACCUUGUCUUGAAAGACCCCAUCCUCGGGUAAAAUACCAUUCACCUUAUUUAUACCUCUCAUGAUUUUAUAAACUUCUGCAAGGUCAUUCCUCAACCUCCAAUGCUCAAGUGAGAAAUCUUUUUUCUCCCGUUUAUUCAUUCAUGGGAUAAGGGCAUACUGGUGAGGCAGCAUUUAUUGUCCAUCCCUAAUUGCCCAGAGGACAGUUAAGAAUUAACCACAUUGCUGUAGGUCUGGAGUCACAUGUAGGCCAGACCAAUUAAGGAUGGCAGUUUCCUUCCCUAAAGGGCAUGAGUGAACCAGAUGGGUUUUUCCCCUACAAUCAGCAAUGGAUUCACUGUCGUCAUUAGAUUCUUAAUUCCAGAUAUUUAUUGAAUUCAAAUUCCACCAUCUGCCAUGGGGGUUUCGAACUUGGGUCCAGAAUGUUAUCUGGGGUUUCCAGAUUAACGGUCCAGCGAUAAUACGACUAGGCCAUCACCUCCCCCUGAUAGUCCUAGUUUAUCCAGCCUUCCACCAAUGGCAACAGAAACCCCCUUCUGCUCUGUCUUGAUACCUGCCAGAGCCAGAUGCAGAGCUGAGAAUAAGCUAGAGUUUUAUCUGGUUUUUUUGUUAUAAUUAUCCUGCUUUUGUACUCUGUGCCCUUACCGAUAGAGGUCAGGAUACUUUGUGUUUUAUUAACCUCACUCUCAAUACGUCCUGCUACCUUCAGGGAUUUUGCAGAGGUACAUCAAGAUUCCUGUUUUUCUGCACCGUUUUAGAAUUGUACCUUUAUAUUGUCUGAGGUUUUUCAGCGACAUAAUCACUUCACAUUUCUCUACAUUAAAUUUCAUCUGCUAACUGUUCACCUAUUUCACAAAUCUAUCCCUUUUGAAAUUCCAAACCGCUCUCCUCAUCGUUCAAACAUCUUUGAAUUUAGUAUAAAUGUUAUUACUGUGCCAUACACCAAGGUCAUUAACUAUAUCUCAGGAAGAGCUGUGUCCUAUACCUUCCUCCGGCUUGAGAAACAAGUCAGGAGUGUAAUGGAAUAUUCCUCACUCCUUGUAUAAGGCACAGCUCUAACAAUACUCAAGAAGUUUGACACCAUCCAGGACAAAACAGUCUGUUUGAUUGGCACCACGUUUAUAAACAUCCACGCCUUCCACCAAUGCUGUAGCAGAACUGUGUGCUAUCGACAAGAAUUACUACUGAAAUUCUGUAGAGAUCCUUAUACAUACAUUCUAAACACACAACCACUUCCAUCUGGAAGGACAAGGGUAGCAGGUACAUGGGAAUGUUACCACCUGCAAGUUCCCUCCAAGCCAUUCACCAUCCUAACUUGGAAAUAUGUUGCUGUUCCUUCACUGGCCCUUGGUCAAAAUCCUGGAAUUCGCUCCCAAACAGCACUGUGGUUCAACUACAGCACACGCACUGCAGUGGUUCAGGAAGACAGCUCACCACCACUUUCUCAAGGGCAAUUGGUGGACAGUAAUAAACGCUUGCUUAGCCAGAGAUGCCAACAUCCCAUGACUGAGCUAAAUAAAAUGCCCAAUAAUAAUAAAAUGAUCAUUGCCCCAAAAUGUUCUCCCACUCAUAUGCAACUUUUCGGUGAUAUCAUUGACCUGGCAUCAGGGAAGUGACAUAUCAUCCUGGAUUCUGCAGCUGCAAGAUUAUGUCUGUGCCCUGAACUGUCAAAGUCUUUAGACUUCUAUGUACUUCCACGUACGGCUGAGCCUGUUGUGGUGUCAUGCACUCCCCAGGUUACCCAUCACUUACAUCAGGAUUCAGAGCUUAGUACUGGUUGGACAUUGGGAUAUCCUCUCGGAACCUAGACUUCUGCCCUCUUGACACUUUAUAAACCCACCCCUGAACAGCUUAGUUGCAAUUUUAAUGCUGUAGCCUCUGUGCUUUUAAAGUGAGCAAACUUGCAGGAAUGGGUACAGGGUAAAAUUGAACCUUGCUUAAGUUGGUGGUGUAAAAUAUAGACAUAUCCUCUUCAGGUGAUGGUGGAUGUUUGUACUUUCCUGUCUAGAAGGACUACUAUCCUGAGAAUGGUGAGGGAAUGGCGACAAGCCUCUACCUCAAUGUCAUAACCAUGCUAAAUGUUCACUUUACACUCUUUCAAGAUUCAUUUCAUGUUAUGAGAAAGGGCUUGAAUCAUUUUUUCAGUGUUUUGUUAUUUUGGUUAGUUGAUGUGAGCUGAAUAUUAUACUGCUUCUCUGGUUAAUCAAUCUUGUGUAUCAAUUUAUAACUCAUGAUAAUUUCAGUAUUGUCUUAACCCAAUCUAUCUGAACUGUCAGAGAUAAUGGGAACUGCAGAUACUGGAGAAUUCGAGAUAGCAAAGUGUGAAGCUGGAUGAACACAGCAGGCAAAGCAGCAUCUUAGGAGUGGUAUGUGAGUAAUAACCCACAAUAACCGCCCAAAGAGAAUCCCCCAGUCCUCAGUAUAACCCCACCAACCUCUGGAUACGACACAUCAUCCUCCGACACUUCCGGCAUCUACAAUCCGACCCCACGACCCAAGACAUUUUUCCAUCCCCACCCUUGUUUGCCUUCCGGAGAGACCACUCUCUCCGGACUCCCUUGUCCGCUCCAUACUCCCCUCCAACCCCACCACACCCGGCACCUUCACCUGCAACCGCAGGAAGUGCUGCCUUGCCCCCACCUCCUCCCUCACCCCCAUCCCAGGCCCCAAGACGACUUUCCAUAUUAAGCAGAUGUUCAUCUGCACAUCUGCCAAUGUAGCAUAUUGCAUCCCCUGUGCCGGUAGUGGCCUCCUCUACAUUGGGGAAACCAAGCGGAGGCUUGGGGACCGCUUUGCAGAACAUCUCCGCUUGGUUUGCAGUAAACAACUGCACCUUCCAGUUGCGAACCAUUUUUACUCCCCCUCCCAUUCCUUAGACAACAUGUCCAUCCUGGGCCUCCUGCAGUGCCACAAUGAUGCCACCUGAAGGUUGCAGGAACAGCAACUCAUAUUCCGCUUGGGAACCCUGCAGCCCAAUGGUAUUAAUGUGGACUUCACAAGCUUCAAAAUCUCCCCUCCCCUCACUGCAUCCCAAAACCAGCCCAGCUCAUCCCUGCCUCCCUAACCUGUUCUUCCUCUCACCCACUUCCUCAUGCCACCUCAAGCCACACCUCCAUUUCCUACCUACUGACCUCAUCCCGCCCCCUUGACCUGUCCAUCCUCCCUGGACUGACCUAUCCCCUCCCUACCUGCCCACCUAUACUCUCUUCUCCACCUAUCUUCUCUAUCCAUCUUUAGUCCACCUCCACCUCUCUCCCUAUUUAUUUCAGAACCCUCUCCCCAACCCCGUCUCUGAUGAAGGGUCUAGGCCCGAAACGUCAGCUUUUGUGCCCCUAAGAUGCUGCUUGGCCUGCUGUGUUCAUCCAGCUUCACACUUUGCUAUCUGGUCUGUCAGUCUGGUUCACUAAAACACCCAAUAUUCCACGGUAAGAAAGUCCUGUACACAGUAUAUAGGUCAAUGUUAUUGUGGGCUGAGAUAUUUU